GCAGGUCCAGUGGCUGCUGGGAUAGUCGGCGUGAAGAUGCCGCGAUACCUUCUCUUCGGCGACACUGUCAACACAGCCUCCAGGAUGCAGUCCACCAGCAACCGUGAGCAUCUCAGUUCAGCUAUUUUUAAAAUGAGCUACCAAGGUUUUCUUCACAGUCUUGACAUGGGCGGGUAG